ACUAAGGAGCAGAAGUCCCACCGCUUGCGACUGAAAGCGAAGGAGUUCGAACAGCAGGCUCGUUUCGAGCGCGUGACUGCCAUUCUCAAGGCGAAGCCUGAUGAGUGCUGGCGGGUGGAGCAAGACCUUGUCAACAACGGCCUGCUGAGCGAUCCGACCUCCCCACUGCCGAGCCCUCGAGCUGCAGCUCCUUCACCCUCUGCGGCAACGCUGGCGAUCAAGAAUGCACCUGCCAACUCGCCCGAGCAGUCUCAAGCAUGUGAUGUUCAUGAGCCUGCUCCUGUGGGUGCCUCCAAGGGCCCUGACCCAGAUGCAGAGCCAGACGACGACGUCCCAUUUAAUCGCAAUCGUUCCCGCUUUGACGAUGUCAACGUCACAACGCUGAUGAGGGCCCUGACUGCAUGCGAUGCCAGUGCGUUUUCAAAGCCGAACCUCAGGCUUCUCUUGAAGAAGGGAGAGCGCAUGCAGAACAAGGGCACCGUGCAGCAGCUCAUAACCUACCUCUGCGACGUCGAGAUGUCCGACACGAUCCCAAUGCAGUGUCGCACGAAAGGAGGCGUCAUCACAUACAUCCAGGAGCAAUACGUGCUGAAGGGCCACCGUGGUAAAGGUCUCGUGCUUCCAGUUGAUUUUGACACGGCUGGCCACUUCUCGAUUGCAAUCAUUGGCACCACAUGCACCGUGAAAUCGAUAGUCGACAAGUCCGAGGCCAUCCUCAAGAUCCCCAGGCAGGCGAAGCUAUACAUUGACAACAACCACAGCUACCGCACCGCCACCGUGCGCCAGGACGGAGGUGACUUCUGCGAGCAGCUGAACAUCAUGUUCCGCAAGUCGGCAGCUGUCUUCGAUGAGGAGGGGCAGGGGGGCGGGGUCCAGAUCCAGACGCCUGCAGGUGGCACCGCAGUAGGAUCUCCGAAACGGCGCCGCCUGGGCAUCAAAGCCCCUGAGUCUGGCGCCCAAUGCGAUGCUAAGGCCAAUGGGGCGGGCGCCAAGCCGACAAGGGUUGGGCGCCGUCUCGGCGUCCCCAUGCCAGUCUCGAAGGUCGGUGCAGCGCUGAAAGGCAGUUUUCCAUCCCGCCGCGGGUCUUCGAAUGGGCCUUCGAAGGUCGUGAGUGGCGACGCCGUCCCGAUCGCCCCACAGUUUGCUGAGUUCAAGCCUCCGCCGCCCGCGGAGGUGAAGUAG